UAUGUAUAUCCAAGCAAACUGCAUCCUGAAUUUGUCACACCAGCGCUAGCGCUAAUAGACACAGAGAGUAUCGAGAAUGACUUGAAAGGCUUUGUGCACGAUUUACCAGGCGAUCGGUACUACAAGUCAGACAACGGACGCAAGGCUGCCCUAUAUGUGAAAGACUACUUGCGUGGAUUGAUUAGCGGGUCUGCACAUCCAGAGCGGUUUGAGGUCGAGCAGUUUGAACACGAGUGGAAACAGCCGAGUAUUCUUUUUCAGAUCAAGAGAGACACCUCUACGAGCUGGCAGAGCGACAAGAAGGUGAUUAUCGGCUGUCACAUCGAUUCCAUCAACUUCAAGUUCUACCACGACGCACCCGGUGUGGACGACAAUCUCUCAGGCAUUGUAACCGUAGUGCAGUCCAUCCGGCAGAUAGUUCGGCUUGUCGAAAGUGGGCAGCUUGCGAUGAGAAAUUCGCUGGAAUUCCAUUUCUACUCCGCAGAGGAAAUUGGUUCUCUGGGAUCGAUACAGGUGUUUGAGGCUUACAGGCGCCGAAACAACGAAGUCGUCGCCUUACUGCAGCAAGACAUGACGGGAUACACCCAGAAGUCGCUGGAUUCCGGCCACAAAGAGCACUUCGGGAUAAUAACUGACUACACCUCGCAGUCCUUGAUGCAGUUCACUAAGAAGAUCAUCGAUCUGUAUUGCGACAUACCGUAUCUAGACACACAGUGUGGGAAGAUAUGCUCGGACCACAUCUCGGCCUUGAUGUACGGGUACCCAGCGAUAUACGUGCUAGAAAGCAAGGUCGACUUGAGCAACCCGUUCAUCCAUUCUGCACAGGACACGAUAGAGCGGAUCGACUAUGCGCAUAUGCUGCAGCACACAAAACUGACAACUGCCUUUGCCCUCGAGUUGGCCAUCAGUGACGAAAUU